AUGAACCAGUUCAUGAUCACAAGCAGGGCUCAAUGGUACUACACCUGGAGCCCUAGUUCCGUGGGUUACCAAACGCUAGAGUUCGUCCCGAUGCUCUGGCGUGAAUCUCAGGUAUCCGACUGGGAACGUUCAAUCAACAACACCAUCUCGUACCAACAUGUCACCCAUGCCCUGGGAUUCAAUGAGCCCGAGCAGUCAGCUCAAUCCAAACUAUCUACAGCAGACGGAGCGUCUCUAUGA